AUGGAGAAGUUUCAACCGGAAUGCACAAGAAAUUCUUCUUGUGCUACAAUCUUGCAACAAUCGAAGGAAAUCGGAUACUUGUCUCAAAAAAACCCCAGCCUCCCAUCAGAAAUCAUAACAGAAAUCCUGUCAAGACUUCCCGUAAAGUCACUAUUGAAAUUCAUGUGCGUUUCAAAAGAAUGGCUUUCCUUAAUCUCCAGUCCAGAGUUCAUUAAAAUCCAUCUCAAGAUAGCAUCAAAUGACCCGAAUUUUACCCGCCACAGAAUCAUGUUUACUAUCUCGGAACCACGUUUUAAUCUCAAAAAUUGUUCGCUUAGAUCUUUUUUGUAUGAGCCUUCAACGGAUGCGGUUAAGAUUGUUUAUCCAGGGAGAAAUCCACGAACAUUUGUUCGGGUAGUGGGUUCUUGCAAUGGGCUUAUUUGCAUUGCCAUAACUGAAAAUGAUUUUAUCUUGUGGAACCCAUCCGUUAGAAAAUACAAGAAACUGCCAAAUGUAGAUGUUGUGAUGAAACCGCGGUUAUGUAUCCAAUAUGGGUUUGGUUUCGAUGAGGCUAAUGAAGAUUAUAAGGUUGUGGGCAUUUUUGGUAGAUAUGAAAACUUGGGUAGGUAUAAGACAGUGGUAAAGGUUUAUAGUUUGAAGAAUGAUUCUUGGAGGAGGAUUGAGAAUUUUAAAGGUGGCACGCCUAUUCAUGAUAUGGGCAAAUUUGUGAAUGGGAAGCUCCAUUGGUUGGCUAGUCCUAGGACGGUGCACACCAGUUCUAGGUGGGAUAUUGUUUCUCUUGAUGUAGAGAGGGAGAUAUAUGGAACUGUAGAGCAGCCGAAUUAUGGGGAAGCAGAUUUUUCUGCUGUGAUGUUAGGGGUGCUAGGAGGAUGCAUUUGUGUACUUUGCAAUUAUGAAAAAACUUGUGCUGAUGUGUGGGUUUUGAAGGAUUAUGGAGUUAAAGAGUCUUGGACUAAAGUUGUUUCCAUUCCUUACAUUGAUGAGCCUGGGAAAUAUGUGUCCUCAAUACCAUUGUGCAUACUACUGAAUGGGGAAGUUCUAUUGGCCCUUGGAUCGUCUUUUGUAGUUUACAACCCAAAAGAAAAUUCUUUUCGGUUUCCCAACAUUAGUAAUGGUGGCAAAACGAGGAAAGGCUUGCGGUUGAUGUUACCGAGCUUGCUUUACCAACAUGAUGGAGGGAGUACAACAAAUAUAGGGAGGAAAUUAGUCUGUGGAUUGGAAGGGUCAAGCGGAGGAAUCUUGGCAGAGAGAAUGUGGUGGAUGAGCUAUUUGAAAUAA